AACCCCCACCAUCUUUUGAAGCGCGCUUCGCCCCGCUGUAGCGCCCCGCGAGUUUUCAUCUGAGCUCAGCGGCCUCGUUGGCGCCUCGCUGGUCAACAAUGCCAUGGUUUCCCACCGGGGACAGGUCCUUCUCCUGUUUCAUGCUUCAGCUAACUUCAUCUCUGCGUCAGUCUGACGCUUGAAUUUCGUUCGCCCAUGCAAAUGAGCAAAUUCCACCGUUGACAACACAACACUCCCUUUAAGUACCGACACUGGAGCAGUAUUCGCGAGCUCUGCAUCAUAUCUGCAGCAACAAAUCGGGUUGCCAUUCGCGAGUGGAGGCUCGUCGAACGAAAUGACCGGCACUCGAGAACUUCCCAGCCAUGCCGAACUUCAGCCAUGUGACCACACGGUUGCAGGACAUGAUGGGGCACUGUCCGACGCCAAUGGCGAGCUUUUUAUCAAGCCCUGCAUGCAGCAGGAGAUUGACUUCUACGAGAAAGCCUUCCAGGAGCACCCCGAUUUUGCUGCGCUUAUGCCCGUCUACCUCGGGACCCUUGCCCUCAACGACGCGACCGAUGCCAGCUCCUUGAAUGAGCAGCUUCCUGCCGUUGCCGAACAUCUCAGCGAGGGGCUAAAGGAAGAGGCAGUGUUAGCGGUAAAGGAGACCUUGGGCAAGGCAGCUGAUGAACCGGCUGACGGGCAAGGCAACAUCGCGUGGAAGCCGAACAAGAACCGAAGGAUCGUAACAAACGCGUCGGUUGUUCUCGAGAACAGCACUUACGGAUUCAAGAAACCCAACAUCCUCGAUGCGAAGCUCGGCCGGCGGCUGUGGGCCGACGAUGCGCCCAUGGAGAAGCGCAAGCGAUUCGACGAAAUCACCAAAGCGACCACCAACGGGUCGCAUGGUUUCCGCAUUGCGGGAAUGCGUGUGUACAAGGGUUCCGAUAACCCCGAGGAGCUCGACUCGGAAGACUUUAGGAUCUACAGCAAAGACUAUGGCAGGUUCCAGGUCAACAAGGACAACGUCGUGCAGGAGAUCGGCAAGUUCAUUUUCAACGAGCGGGCCGGUAUUGACGAAGACCUCGGGAGAGCGGUUGCGCAGGCCUUUCUUGGGGAUCUCAGGCGGGUGGAGCACGUGCUGGCCAACUCGGAGACGCGCAUGUACUCCGCCAGUCUGUUAUUUACAUUCGAGGGCGACGGUGAGGCCCUGCGAGAAGCAAUCGAACAAAACAAUGCGCUCGCUUCCGAGAUGGAAGAGAAGAACAGGGAGCUUGACCUCGCGCAGGAGACAGUCGCCGAGCUCGAGGCGCAAGUGCAUUCUGGUGCCAUUGAAGGCGACGUCAAGGUGGUGGAGCUCAUGGGAGAUGUUGCCGCCGAUAGUGACGAGGACGGAGAUGCCGAGCUGUCUACGCUGCCGAGGAUAUAUUCUCUCAAGCUCAUCGACUUUGCACAUGCCGAGUGGGUGCCUGGCCAGGGGCCGGAUGAGAACAGCCUUCUCGGUGUUCGUAGUCUGAUAAAGAUAUUUGAAGAGCUGGUUCGGUAAAGGAUAGAUGGAUGAAGAGGUGUUUCUCAUGAGAGACGGUAUUCUCAGGCACUUCGGUAACGAGGAAAUGUGUUGAUCAGACGUCAAUCAUGAGGAAGGUUGUUAGAGAAGGUCAUUGCGUUGUAUUUCCUGAAUACCCCCUUUUACUUUUCUUUUGCAUUAGAGAACACAGCUGGAUCUUGCCCAAUUUCAAGCCUGCUAUCCUUUAGACGAAAAACUACAUCUCUAAGCAUUCUAAAUGUAUACUAUUAGUGUCACAGAACCAUAGUAGGUCUGGGAAG